AGAAACGAUGGAAGUCAGGCCUGGCAGCUAGAGCAGGAGCCCUGGCUCGUUGUCCUCCCCCAGCCUAGCACUUGGCCCUGGCCCCUAGAGUUGUCUCCACUGUGCUGUUUUGCAGAAGAAUAUGAGGAACAGUACUCGGAGGCCAGACUUCUGGGGCAGACCUUCCGCUCUUCUGAUGAGGCCCUUGAACCCACCCCCAGCCCAAGGCCCCAGUCUGCCAGGCGUCUGGAGUUUGUGUUGAUGCCUACAAAACGGCAGCUGAGCGAGGAUGAGACCACCACCCAGGGCGUGAGGGCCCCUGAGGCCUCCCUGAGCCUGUCCAGCACAGCCGACAAGCACAUGACCUGGAAUAGCCCCUUCCCUCUGCCCAUCCUAGAGGAGAAGCGGUGGCCUCAGCCUUGCUCCACACAGUCUGACAUUGUGCCCAUCAACAUCUCUGGGCAGCAGUUUGAUAAACAUGCAAGUUUGCGACACUCGUUGUUUAACACAGAGACAGCCGUGAACCCCAAGUCCACCCUGAGGCGGAGAAGGACGAUUAUUGGAUUCUCUAACUUUUCCCAGCGAGACCAAGGUCACAGCAGCAGCCCCACAGGCAGUGUGGCCCGCCCUGCCGCUUCAGACAUCAGGCCUAGUCACUCUGUUCCAGAAGGUGUUCAUGGAAGACUUGCAGUUGGUCAGGAAGCUCGGUUCUCGAAUCUCACCUCGCCAGUACUGAGAAAUCCUCCUAGUGAGCCAGAAGAACCUCACCAGACACAUAGCAGCCCCAACCCUCUUGGUAUGGAGAGCAUGGGAAUGGUGUACAGUGUCCCCAGUUCUUGCAACGGACCAACAGAAUCAACAUUCUCCACUUCCUGGAAGGCAGAUGCUUUUACAUACAUGACUCCAAGUGCCACCACCAGCCAGAGCAGUCAAGUCCAUGAAAAUGGAAAAAACCCAUCCUCUGGGAAUUCUUGGGUCUCUCUGAACACACUCCCACCUCUGAUCCCGAAGGAGGCUGCUACCCUCUUUGUUGCUCGAGAUAACCCACCAGGAUGCAGUGGGCCCGCUGGCUCCUCUGAGCACCAUACUCAGCGAAGGCGAAUACUGGAAAGAUCCUCCAAGAUUGGCCUCCUGUCCAGUGGUACCUCAAAGCUGGAGACAGGUCCAGGUGGGACCAGCAGAUUCCGGGAGCGGUCGCUGUCUGUGCCCACAGACUCAGGAACCACAGAGGUGGACUAUGAUGAAGAACAGAAGGCCAGUGAAGCCUGUGCCCUGCCUUAUGCCAGCACAAGUUCAGAGGGCAGUAACAGUGCUGACAACAUUGCCUCCCUCAGUGCUGAACAGGAGUCACAGCACCGAAGGCAGAGAUCCAAGAGUAUCUCACUCAAGAAGGCCAAGAAGAAGCCGUGCCCGCCAACACGCAGCGUCUCUCUGGUCAAAGAUGAGCCAGUCCUCUUGCCAGAAAGUGGGUCAGCACUGCCAAAGGACCAGAGGCCCAGGAGCCUUUGCCUCUCCUUGGAACACCAAGGACAUCACUUGUCCCACCCAGACGCUCAGGGUCACUCAGCUAUGCCGACUCUCAAAGAUCCAGAAGGUACACAGUUCUCCCACCACUGGUAUCUUACUGACUGGAAGUCUGGUGAUACCUACCAGUCUUUGUCCAGCUCCAGCACUGCCACCGGCACCACAGUCAUUGAGUGCACCCAAGUUCAAGGCAGCUCAGAAUCUCUUGCCUCCCCUUCCACCUCUAGAGCCACUACGCCCUCCCAACUGUCCAUUGAGGUGGAGGCCAGGGAGGUAUCCUCCCCAGGAAGGCCCACUGGACUGAUGUCACCCUCCAGUGGAUACUCCAGCCAGUCAGAGACACCAACACCCACUGUCUCUAUGUCUUUGACCCUUGGCCACUUACCCGCUCCAAGCAGCAGUGUCCGGGUACGUCCAGUGGUUCCUGAGAGGAAGUCAUCACUGCCCCCGACAUCACCAAUGGAGAAAAUUUCCAAGUCACGGCUCUCAUUUGAUCUACCAUUGACCUCUUCGACCAAUCUAGACUUGUCAGGGAUGAGUAUCUCCAUCAGAAGCAAAACCAAGAUAAGUCGGCAUCACUCAGAUACAAAUUUUGGAGCCAAAUUAGUCCAGAAAACCAGUCCCAACCAGCCAAUCAUGCCCAUGGUUACUCAGUCUGACCUACGUUCGGUUCGCCUGAGGUCAGUCAGCAAGUCUGAGCCAGAAGAUGACAUUGAGAGCCCUGACUAUGGUGAGGAACCUGGAGCAGAAGAAGUCUUCUCCUUGCCAGAGAGAAAGACGAAACCUCCCAUAGCAGAGAAGCCCCCACUAGCUCGGAGACCUCCGAGCUUGAUCCACAAACCACCAUCUGUCCCUGAGGAGUAUCCACUAACUUCACCUACCUUGGCUAUGACCCCUAAGAGCUCAGUUCAACAUGUGAGGCCGCUUCCUCAAGACAGUUACACAGUGGUGCGGAAACCAAAGCCCUCCAGCUGCCCUGAUGGCAGAAGUCCUGGGGAGCCAACAGCACCCUCAUCUCUUGUUUUCACGCCUUUUGCCAGUUCCUCUGGUGCUUUCUUCUCAGGAACGCAGCAACCACCCCAAGGAAGCAUGGAGGAUGAGGGCCCAAAGGUGACAGUCUUGCCGGAAAGAAUUAGCCUCCAGAGUCAGGAAGAAGCUGAGAAAAAGAAAGGCAAGAUUCCACCUCCUGUGCCAAAAAAGCCCAACGUGCUGUACCUGCCUCUCACCUCACCCACAGCACAAGUGGAAGCCUAUGCGGCAGAGCCAAGGCUGCCUCUCAGCCCCAUCAUCACCCUGAAGGAAGAUGCCAAGUGUCCCCCUACUGGUGAUGAUCUACAGUUACCUGGCAAAAGGACAACUUCAACUCCACAGGCUGACGGUGAAAGGGAGGCGAGUCCCCUGGGGAGUUCUGCGGAGCCAAGCGCCGAGGAGAAAAGUUUAAUCAGUGAUAAAACAGCUGAAUGGAUUGCAGAGGAGGAUGAUGACGUGUUUGUGGCUUCACGCACAACUGAAGAUUUAUUUACUGUGAUACACAGGUCCAAAAGAAAGUUGCUGGGCUGGAAGGAGCCUGGUGAGGCCUUUGCCGGCAACAGACCAAGCUCCCACUCGCCGAUAAAAAACACAGCCGAUUCUCCAAUCAGCGAGCCUGCUGCCUCCUCAGGCUCAAGCAACAAUGCCAACCUAGAUGCAGGCCGAAACGAUGACUUCAAGGCCUUGCUACAGAAGAAGGGAAGUAAGGCAACUCUGAGGUCCCGUCCCUCGGCAGCCGAAUUGCUGAAGACCACUAACCCACUGGCCCGGAGAAUCAUUGCACAAUUUUCAAAAGACUAUGAAACCACUGAGAAUCCCAGUACCUAAGCCCUGGGUCCAAUUGGCAGGGUUUACUUACCAAACUUGAGUAGAGAAGAGGAAGAGAAAGGGGUUUAAAAAUAAACCGUGGGAAUAACAAAAGAGCCUCUGUUUCUUUUCCAUGACUCCCACUCUGGAUGCAGGAGAAAGGCCACUUCACCUAGAGCUAAGAUCAUCAGGCACUUGGAUUAUCUUCAGACAUUGACAUUUUCAUACUUAACAGUCUUGCCACAACUGACUACCGAGCUUCUCCUUCUUUUCCCCCAGUGGUGUGCACUAAGAAGAAAUUCUCAGAUGCGAGGCACAUGUGCCACCUUGUCCAUCAACGACCUGCCUAUUCCAUCUCGGGAGCUCAGCUUGAGAACAGACUGGAGACUGCCAAGCCUGGGGCAUAGGGUGCCAUUGCUGAUUAUUCACUUUCCUAGGGAGGCCUUGACGGUCUGUGUGGAGAUACAGAAAGACUCUGAUGCCUCUUCAACCACAGUUUAACUCUCCCCUGUGGGAGGUUUGCAGGUGUGCACUUACUUCGGCAUGGGGUUGACUGGAUGGCUUUUGUGGUGCAAAAUAUGAAUGUGACUCUGUCGUGAAACUUCAUGCCUUUUUCAGCUUGAUUGUCUACACGGAGAUCAGGGUGAUGAGUUUCAAUAAACAUAUAAAUGACCCCCUUCCCAUUAGAUAGAAAAGGUCAGGACUGGGUUGCUUUGGAUGAACCAAGUUCAGCCAACAAACAAGGCAGCCAUUUGUUCACUCAGAUCUAUUCCAAGGUAACUCUCACUCAUCCAGUACGCCUUGAGAACCUUCAAGUGUCUGUCAACACUGAUAGCCCGGAUCUGUGCCCAGCUCAUGCUGCAUUCUAAGAACUCUCGUUUCAUUUGCAUAGAAUAUUCAUUACAGGAAGUAAUUAGUUGAAGGAACAGCAUCCUUUGAAGGCUCAAUGAGGAUAGAAAGUAAGUGCAUCUUGCCUCCCACCAUUCAAUUCAGAUGGUUUGUGGUUGCUUUGGUUUUGUUUAAAGGAAGUCUGACUGUUCCAAACACCAAGAAUGCAUAGAUUAAAAGGAUCUAUUCAAAACCUAAAAGGCAGCCUGGCAAGUUGUGAUGGCCCGUAACACAUGAAGAGGGCUGCUUUUUGCCAUUUAGCUUCUGUUGUUUGACCACCUUUCAAUUAACCAGGGGAGAGUGUAAGAACUGGGUUAAAUAGAUGCUGAAAGAGCUCCAGAACAAUCACUGUGGCCCUUCCCCCUCCAAGGCUUAUAGGCAUUAACUGUUCUAGUCAGCUCAAUUUUCUAAGCAGAGCAAGAGCAGUGAUCCAUUUGAUUUUCAUAUGCCUGAUAUCUGGGAGGUUGUGAGGGAAGACAGACAAAGCAAUGAACAAAGAAAUCCUGCUGGCCAGUGAUGGAAAGUUAAUUGCCUACUGUUCUCAAGAAGCAUAAUGAAAAGUCAAAUGAAAUUGUAGCCUGCUUCACAAAGAAGGUUCCGUGACCCUCCCCCCCACACACACAACCUGCCCAAAAGAUGGAUUGGUCAGCCCUUCUGGAGGGCGAAAUAAGAUUGCCAGAGAUAAACAGAUCUCAAUUUUGAUAGGUCAUAUUUCCCACUAAUGAGAAGCAUGCUCUUAGCUCAACUGCCCAGACUCUAGUCAGAUAGAACAGCUGAAAAACCACACUGAGUACUGAGAAGAUUUGGGCUUAUCAAACAGAAGCCCUAGGGCUAGACCCUUAGUUGGUAUGGGUUCUGAAUUCUAGACUUCUGGGCACAGGUUUGGCCUACCAACUACCUUGCAAUCAGCACUUCCUCUGGUUUAGAAACAAGCCACUUAAAAUAACAAACAGUUAGCAAAAGCCCAGUUGCUUUUGAAAGUAUUUGAACUAUUUGGUUUGAAAUUCUUAACCACAUUUCAGGGGAUUUGCAUGACAUAAAGUAGAUUUCUCCCUAGCCUUCCUUUAUAUAUGAAUGCCGCCACACUUGCCUGCCCUAGACUCAGAAUUCUGAAACACAGAAACAUGUUCCAC